AUAUUAUAAAAGAACUUAUAUCGAUAAAGUGAUAAAAAAUAAUUAGAGUUUUUAAAAAAAGGAACAAAAACAAGUAGUGCUAAUUCUUGGAAAAGGAGAAAUAGCACGCUAUUUAACUUGUUUGUACUCCAGGUAAUAUAAGAGUAAUAUUUUUCUAAAUAAAAAACUUGAACUAGGAUAUUGAAAAGUUUCUGGUAUGAAAAUACUUUUAAGUUUUGUUUUCUUAAUACUUGAAUUUACUGAAAGUGUUUGAGUUGUAAUAAAAGUUAGACUGAUCGAUCAACUACUACAAGCACAUUAAAAUUCUUUAUUGAAUUAUUAUAAACCAAUUAACGAAUGAAUUGUAGAUAGAGAGAGAAAAUGAAAAUGAGAAGAAUGUAUACUCUAUAUUUAUUUUUUUGAUUAUGAAAAAAUCCUCAAGAAUACUCAAAUUUUUGUCAUUUAUAUUCAUUUUUAGGCUAAAAAACAAAAAAAAGUGACUACUUGUUUUAAUUAAUAUUUUAAGUGUUAUUUUUCAGUUCUUUUCAUUCGUAAAAUUAACUUUUUACAUUUGCUAAAGAAUGUUUUACGCGUAAUUCCAUGUGCAUGCAUGUGUACUAACUACUUCCGGUAUAUCUAGUAAUUAUUUAAAUAUUUGUCUAAAACUUUCAUUGAGACAAUAUAUCUUAAAAGGCACAAACGAAUUGGAAUACUUUCGUAAGAAGUAUGAAUUUACGCAAUGACAAAACAAAACAGAAGACUCCAGAAGGUUGGUAAUUUACUUUAACAAAAUUUCUGUAAUUUCUACCAGAGAACGCGCUUAGAAUCUCUGAAUUCAUACUGAUAUAGCUAUUAUUGUAAUUAAAGCAUAUUUUGAUGAUUCACCAGCUUUAAUGGAAAAUUUUGAGAUAAUUAAUUGUCAAAAUGAUAAUAUCCUUGAUGGUUUGGUAAGAUUUUGAGUUAUAUCAGUGACUACCUUCUAAAUAACAAUGCUUAUAUAAUAUGCAGGAAGAGAAGCUCUUUAAUUUUACAACAGAAAAAGUUGCUAUAUCUUUCACUACAUUAGGAACGGGGAGGGAGUCUCAAUUAACUUCGAUUCAGCUUUGCUCUAAUACUUUUAAUUUCAUUAUUGAUUUUGACACUAUUAAUAGUAAGGCUAUAAAGAUUUUGAAAGAAUUCUUUGAAAGUGACUCAAAACUAAAGGUAUAUAACAAAGUUUUCUUACCAAUCUAACUAUCUUCUAUUUCUUCCUUUCAGAUUAUGUUUCACUCUCUCUAUAUGGCAGAUUUGUUAAUAUACAACUAUGGAAUUGUGCCAAGAAAUGUCUUUGACCUUUACGUAACAUUCUUAAACUUCAUGCCAAGGUUCGAAGCAAACUGUAAAAAUGAGGAACUGAUAACUCCGUCUCUCUCUAAAUUUUGUUUUCAUUUUAACAUAAUAAAUGAUUCAUUGUUAGAAACUCCAGAUAUGUUUCAACUUGAAAACUAUAUGAAUCCGGAAGAAUUAAAAAGGCGACCUUUGAUUAAAAAUUUUUCCAAAGAACUAAUAUUUUGGACAAGAUGUAUUCUAACUCUACAUUCUAAGAUGAUUAGUGACAUAUUUGCAGGAACAAUGAUGAAAAUUCAACGUGCAUAUAGCAUAGCUUCAGCUUUGCCUAGUUUAGCUUUUAUACAAGGAAGAGAGAAAAAAUUUUAUUCCAAAUUGUCAAAAUAUUCUGAUAAAUUAAAAGAGUUGAAUGUAGGAGAAAAUUUUAAUGAUUGUUCAGCACUAAACCGCAAAACGAUGACAAUAGAUGAUUUUCAAGAGAAAGAACUUUUAAAAGAAACCUCAAUUGAUCAAUUGAAAGAUAUCAACAUAUCGAGAAGUUCUCCGUCUUUGAAUGCUUUUUUACAAACACAGGAUUACGGACUUAGAGACGUAUCAGCUGAAGAUGUAAAAGAUGUAGCGGUCAGCAAAAAAUCGCUCUCAGAAUUGGAUUAUGAACUAGAUAAAUCAGAUAGUUGUUUGUCAGGAAACUCAUCACAUGAAAUUGACGAGAGUCCAGGGAAAGUGUCUCUCGACCAGCUAAACGAAAAAUAUAGAAAGGAGAAGAAAGUAGCAACUCCAGAGUUUGAAAAACAAUUGAAAAUGGACGACGAAAGAAGUUCAGAUAACCACAACAAAGAGAAGAAUCAGGACAUAGAUGAAACUUUUAACGAAGAGAGCGAUAUCUCUUCUGAAGAAGAUAGUAGCGAUUUACAAGUACCGUAUUACGACCGUUCUUUAGUACCAUUUUCAGCGGCUAAAAUCAAUAUGAAAGAUGUAAAUUUUUCAUCAAUAUUUCCACUUAGGCCUCAAAAAUUAAUAAAUAGUGCCUUUAUAAUGCCUGAUCGCAACCAGCAAAAUGAUAAAGGAGUAGAAUCGGAAGAAUCUAUCAGUGAAUCAGAAACCUUAUCAGAAGAAAUCAAAGGUAUUGCUGACCUAUGUACUGCAAGAAAGAAUGUUUGCGAUCAUCCAAGCCUACGUCAUAUGACAAUUAAACCAGCUGGUAUGGAUGUUUCCAGGAGACCUUAGCAGACAUACAUUAAGAAAUGAAGUCCAAGUGUUGAAUAGUUUUAUUCCGAUGUAAUUAAUAUUUAGAUAAACGUCUUUGUUCUAUUUUUUGUUGUAAACUCGGUGCAAGUUUAAUAGAUAAAGGUCUUUCGGCAAGAAAAUCAUCGACAGUUUCAGAGUUUGUUUUUAUCGUAUGAACGUCUUGUAAGGAGUUGACAGCACUUGUCAAUUCUUCAAUUUCUGUGACUAACCUUAAAACAGUCAUUUCGAAUUUAUCUAAAUUUUCCUUAAGUCUGAGAUAAGUCUGAUGGUAAUCAUUAGCUGCAGUUGUCAUUUCAAGUUCUUUUAUAGAUAUUUUGUCAAUUCUUUUUUGCAUUCCCUGGGAUUCUUCGUGAAGAUUUUGUAAGGUAACUCCUAAACCUCUAAGUUGACGUUUCAAUCUAUUCCGUUUAGAUUGUAUUGAGAAAGUACUAGUGCGGCUAGUCUGAGAAAGGGAAAGUUGAAGAAUGUCAAGCAUUCCCUGUUUAUGACGAAUUUCUGCGGCUUUAGAUUGUAAAGUCCUUUUACAAAAAUUGAACAUUUGUUCAACUUCAACUAAUUCCUUUUGAAUUCGUUCUACUUCUUUUCUAUGAGUUUGACAAACAUUAUAAGCUCCUUCAACAGAAUUCUUUAAUUCUUCCUUUUUGUUUUUAUGAAUAGCUAAAUCUCGUUGUUUUUUAAUUGUUUUUCGCCUUGCGUCAAGUAAAUGUGAGUUAAUUUCUCUAACAUAGUCUUCAUCCUUAUUUAUCCAUGCUUUUGCGCAUUCUAAUCCUUUUUCUAAUUUUUCCGUUAAAUCUGGAAAUAGCCGUAAAACUGGUAAUAUUUUUGCGUCACAGCAAAAAUUUACUACUCUAUCACAAAAGUGAGAGGUUGAGAACGUAUCGGCUCGGACGGAAGAUAGGCCUGUGCCCAUCCACGAUGAAGUUAAACGGUCCAUUUUACGUAGGAUAUUCUCAAUCUCUCUAGCGUAUUUAGCGGAAGCCAUAGCAUAGCUUUUUGUCACAGGAGGAGCGUCUAUGCCAGCGCUACAUAAACAAUUCGAUUUUAACCUCGCAUGAACGUUAGUGAAUCGACGUUUCAAAGUGUCUAUUUGAACUAAUGAAGAUUGUAAAUGACGCCACCAUUCCGAUAGGAAUUUUCCAUCUUCCGAGUAAUCACUACCCUUUUCCUUAAGAGUGUUAGUGAGAGUAACUAGAGAUAUUUCAGAAUCAAUAACAACGUUAUUCUUUUGACCAGAUAUUUUGAUACACCUAAGCAAGUGGGCGUUAGUAUUUCUCAAAUAUGAGACAAAACUAGCUUCGGAAUUCUCCUUAGACUCAUAAAACGAUUUUUUUAAACCACUCAGAUCGGCCCCUAUGGAGGAGAGCUGUUUUGAAAAAGAGAACAAAGACUGCUAUUCAAACAACACUAUGUAAUUGUUCCGCUACGAAGUUCAGUAUUACUAAUAAUUAAUACAUUUAUAUACUGCAUUUAAUAAUUACAAAACAAAAAAGAAUGUUAAGAGUAACUAUACAAACCUGACUCCUCAUAUUAUCCAAGCCCUUUAUAUAUAGGUCGUUAUUGGUCAUUUCCUUUUUUCUCUUAGGUUAUUUUUGACUCAAUAUACUCGACAAACGUACCACACAACUUUAUUGCCUUAUCUUGUUUGUGUAAGCCAGAUGUGUCGAGUUGCCAUUGGUUAUAAAUCAAACACUUUGUGUGUUUUAUUCUUCAUAUAUAGAAAAGAUACGCAAGUCUAAUACAUCCAUUCUCAAUUAUACGUAAAUAUUUAAUACGUUCCAAUUUGUGUUUCUGGUAUCCUGUGAUAUUUUCCCAGUAAAAACAAAUCGAAAAUCUUACAAUUAUUCACCAAACGUAAAGGUACAACUGGUUGGUGGGAAACGAGAGUUACCGUCUCUGAAAUGCAGUAAUGAAUGAAAGUCGUUUGAUUCAGUCAAAGCAGCGGCAUUGAAUAGUUAUUGAACUAUGUCUUUCAUGCAAUUGGCGUUUCUACAGCGGCCGUAAGGGGGAGAUAAGCUAAAUUCUCUUCUAAUUACUUGUUUUCGUGUAACGAUAGUACAGAUUAAUCUUAACUUCAUUAAUUUCUAUUGACUGUAGUUAAAAAAUUAUCUGAUAAUUAAGUCUAAAAAUAGUUUUAGAUAAAAAUAGAUCAAAUUUCAG